AUGAACAUGGAGCCGCGGAAGUCCAUCGGGACGAGCUCCUUUGUGGUUUUGGCAACCAGCUGCUCAGCGGUUUGCAGCUAUCUUCAUGAGGGCUUAGCGUCACUUCGUGCUGCUGGUGCAAUUGCCGCCACGGCCAUCUUCAGUGCACGUUUGGGAGCUUCACUUACAAGCAAAGUGAAACCCAAAACCCUGAAGAAAGGCUUUGGGGCCUGGCUUCUUCUGGUAAGCGCGAUCAUUUUGGCGAAAGCUUUCCGCUUGAUGCCUGUCACGACUUCGCUUCCACACGCGGGUAGCUCCACGGCAUUGCUGCCUCUAAUGUUGCUGGGAGUUUUCAGUGGCCUGAUCUCUGGACUCCUUGGUGUCGGAGGUGGCACUGUUCUGGUGCCGGUGCUCGCCUUGCUGUUCUCCUUUCCCCAAUCUGAAGCGCAAGGAAGUGCUUUACUGGCAAUGCUUCUUCCAUCAGUGGUGAGCACCACAACGCAUUGGUCCAAAGGCAACGUCGACCGAGCUGUGGUGGGUUUCGCUGUGCUCGGCGCCGUGCUGGGCGGCUUCAGCGGGGGCUCGGUGGCUGCCGUCCUCCCGGAGCGUGCCUUGCGGAUGGUCUUCGGCUGCGUGCUGUCGCUGGUGGCGGUAAAGUAUAUGAGAUCCUAA